GUAUGCCCGUUGAUCAAAAUAUCGAAAGAGGGUUGCCCUUUCUGCGAAUUUUUUACAAAACGGUAGUUGCCAUUCGAACGGCACUUCGAGAAGGCUACCUCUCUGUUGAAUUAACCCAAACGAACGGAAAAUAUUUAUAGAGAGUCGUCACAUUUGUACGUGCGUGACGUAGAAGAACAGCCACCCAUCUUCGUCUUAAAGUCCUUCCAUCAUAUUGAAAUUCACGCCAGACUAAGGGGCGAAACAACAGCUAAUUUUGUCCCAAAUUGGAAAACGUAAGCUCUCAACGGGGGGAAUAGCAAAAUGUCUGCCUUUGACCGAUUUAACAUCCACGCGCAGUUGGAACACUUGCAGAGCAAGUAUCAGGGCUCGGGGCACUCCGACACGACUAGAUGGGAAUGGCUAACAAACAUCCACAGGGACACGUUGGCAUCUCACGUAGGACAUUAUUCGAGAUUAGCCUAUUUCGCCAUUGUAGAGAAUGAACCAAUCGCCAAAAUAAGAUAUCGCUGUCUGCAGAAUAUGUCACUUCCCGUUGUUCCAAAGCCAAAAAAGGAGUCGAAGCAGUGAGGACUUGUUUUCGCGUUUAUCCACCCGUUCCACCACCAACCCACACGAGACACCUUUUUUUCGUGCCAUUAACUUUAACUCGGCAUAGCACUGCGCUAUAAUUUUUUUUAGUCUUUUUAUUUUUUUUUUUCAAAACGUAAUACGUCUCUGUAGGCC